AUCCGCUUUGUCUCUCUGCGUGUCGGAACGCGACAAGACUUCUCUCAAGCGCGUCAGGGGCGUCAAGACAUUCCUGGGCGAACUCGAGGUGCACAGGCGUUGUUUCUGACGCGUCCCCUGCCUCUCUUUCGACUCCACACCCUCUCGCUUCUCUCUCUGUUCUCGGACUGUUGAAGCCCCUGGCGGUGGUGGCCGUUCUGACUCUCCCGAGUUCCUCCUGUGCGCGCGCAUGCAGGGCGUUUCUCUGCGUCUGCUCGCUUCGAGGAGACGCAGGACCGGAACGGCGCGCGCCUGCUGCCCCUCCGCCGCCGACGGUCAACAGGGAGAGAGACAAGGAACAUGAGCUCGUUGCCUGAAGCGACUGACACCGACUAUACCGGUAUGCGCCUGACUGUUGUGUCGGACAAGCUGUAACAAAGGUCUCCGCAACGGAACUUUUUGACGCGACAGAGGAGGUACACCCUGUACAGGGACUGCUGAUCACGUCCUUCUGCUGGUUAGUGUGCAUCCAAGUUGAGACUCGUGGCUCGACUUGGCAGACUCGAACUUCGCGGCUCGACUUGGGCAGUGUCAACCUGAAGCGGCAGUCCAGCUCGUAGUGUAGAGUCCCCAGAAAAGGUUCUGAGGAGUCCUGCCCUGAGUAAAGAACCACGUGAUACAGCAGGCAGCAUCUUAACUUAUCGUCCGGCUGCUGCUUCUCUGAUUCGAUGUGGAACGCCCGCAACAAUGCGCAAGGUCUUUCUGAAGUAUGCCUCUCGCUAGAGCGAUUCCUGGAAGAGUGUCUGGAGACGAAGGCCGUUGCAAGUUCCAGACUCAAAUGUGUUGACUGCGACUUUUCCAAAACUCGCAGUUUCCAGGACACAGAGAGGGCACAAACCCGACGCGCGGUGUGGGUACGAGUCCGCGCACAAGGCGAGAGUUGAAAUACACCGACUGCUGUCUCCUGGUGUAACAGAGAUUCUACGAGGAACGGCCAACGCGUCGUAACGCCUGUAGACGAAUCGACAGAUUUCCUGGACGGCAUCGAGUGCCCGUUCCACUUUCUCCGUUUCGUUCGCCUCCACGACCCGCGAGUCGACGCUCUCUUGAUCGAGGAACUUCUUUUCAAACGGCGAACUGGAUACGUCUCAGCGACCGCGCCAAGGCUCCACGUGCAUGCAAACGUCUGGCGGUGGCGACCUGUGAGUCUUUGCUGAGAGGCGAAAAGGCGUCUGCAUGCCACGACGAGACGCCCGGCUGACUCUGGAAAGCGGAGGCGUCAGUCCGCGCCGCCAGGGCGGCUCGAGAACACAGCCUGUCAGGGCCGAUUGAAAUAGGCUCGAGAGACGCCUGCAGCCGUGUUUCAGAUUGGAGAAUUCAGAGGCGUCCUCACUCCUUCUCGACGCCCGCCUCCGCCUUCUCGGCUGUACGUACACCGCGGCGUCCCGCGACGCACGCCGCGCUGCCUCUCCGACAGCUGUGGCAUGCGUACAUCCUCUCUGCGGCUUUCGAAGGCGUCGCUCCCACCAUGGCAGACCGAGAAGAGUCCGCGGACGGAGAAACAGAGAACGACUCUGCGUCCGCUGUGUCUGCAACAACUCUUGCGGCUGGCACCUCUUCUUCGAGACAAGUUGAAGUGCUACUUCAUCCGGUGGUUCUCUUCGAAAUUUCGCAUCACUGCGUGCACCACUUCGCCUUGAAAGAAAGAUGGCGACAGGGGCAACAUGUCUCGGAGCUCGAGGAGGACUCGGCUGUCCUCUGCGGAGGCAUUCUGGGCGACCGCACAACAGCCCAGCAGGUCCACUUCCGCGCGUCCUUUCCGCUGCCGUCCCCUCGACCUCGACCUGGAGAAGACUCGGGGGAGACUUGCAUGCGCGUCGCACCGCUGGACCUGGAGUUCUGCAGAAAGCGCACACAGCAGCUUAUCGCCACGAAUCCUGGCCUCACACUCCUCGGCUUCUACGUCGUCUGCUCCGACGUCCACGCGCCUCUCGCCCUGCAUGCAGAACUCGCUGCACAGCUCGCAGCGCUCGGGGCAGGCUUCGCCCUGCUCUUCGACCCGACAGCUCUCAGCCAGCCGUCGGGCCUGCAUGCAGCGACGUGCAAGUUCGCCGAGGUGUACAGGGUCGCGGACACUGCAUGCGCGGCCUCAGGCUCUCUGCGCAAAGCUCCAAUGGAGAUUGCCAUGGAUGAAGUGGAACGAAUCGUUCUGGAUCACAUCGUCAACGAAGGCGCAGCCGCUGGCGCCAAGGCUGAGACAGCCGAGCGCCGGUACCAGCUGCAAGUGGCGCGGCAGCUGCGGGCGGUAGAGGAAUUGCUCAGACGAACAGAAGACUUGAAAGCCUACGUAGCUCGAGUGCGAGCAGGCGCUCUGCCUCGCAACGAGGCCCUCCUCCGGUCUGUCAUGUCUCUCUGCCGCACAUUGUCUACGUGUAAAUCUCUUCCGUCUCCUGUUCAUCUACCGUCCUCUUCCUCGCUUUCUCCCUCCUCUUCGUCUUCUUCCUGGCCUUCUCCCUCGUCUUCUUCCCCUUUGCCUUCUUCUUCUUCUUCCUCUUCCUCGUCUUCUUCCUCUUCCUCGUCUUCUUCCUCUUCCUCGUCUUCUUCCUCUUCCUCGUCUUCCUCGCUCUCGCUUCACGGGUCGAAGCAGGUUGCGACGUCUCCUGGCGUUGCGGAGCCGCUGGUGGCGUCGAUGGAUGCAGAUGCACCUGGAGAGAGCGGGGGCUGUUCUCCUUCGAUCGGCGACUGUGAAAGCGUGUCUGAGAUGUUGCGCGACCUCUCGUUCCUUUCCAAGGGGCAACGCACAGAGGGCGCUGAGGACGCGAGUCGCGACAUCGUUAUGUCUCAGUUGGCGGUGCUUCUAGCGUCCUUGACUGAGACCGUCGGCGUCGCGAGCAGAACCCACGAAAAGCUUCUCUUGGCGCAAGCGCCGCGUCCGUCUGCGCCUUCAGAAAGUGAAAGACGCCGCAAGCACGAGGCUUGGUGAUUCAAGGUCUGCUCAACUCUCUCCAAGUUCCACAAAGAGGCUGCUGAAACGCCUCUGGCGUUCCUUCUCUCCGCACCGUCCCUCUCGCGUGGACAGCCUUCUCUGUCUCUUGCGAAUCGGUACUUGCGCAGACCCCGGCUUACGUACACCUGCCCACGUAUACGUUCUUCAUGACGUCAACAUCCACACCCAUACCCGCAUGCACAACAAACAGAUGAAAAAAAUGCAGCCAUGUUUCUAUGCAUGUAUAUAGGUAUACAUAUGUAUAAAGGGAGAUGUGCCCGUACAUACACACAUACACACAUAUACACAUACGCAUACGUAAGGCGUUUCUCAGUUCUCUGUUUUGUGUGGGUGUCGACGGUUUCCAAAGGAGACAGAUGUAUUCACGCUAACGGAGGUUUCGAGAGUCGGUCGCCUCCGACAUUUCGUCGUUCCUCUCUUGGCGGAGGUUCGCGCGGACGAGGAAGGGCGUCAGAACUCGGCUGAGCAAAAUCAACAAGAGAUGAAGGAGAGAAAGGACCAAGAAUGACGUCAGAGUGCCUCGUUUUUCCGAUGAAAAUCGUUUGCCACAUGAAACUUCACUUGUUCAUACAGCUGUGCUGCGGC